AUGGGUUUCACAGAUGACGGCGAUAUCGCUGCUUAUCGGCGACGACGUUCAGUGGAAUUCAAACAUGGAAGGAUUGCUAUGCUUGCUACGAUGGGCUUCAUGACGCCAGAGAUCAUAGGACAUUGGCCAGGAUACCUUUCCCCCUCCAUGGGCCUCAAAUUCGCAGAUGUUCCGAAUGGCCUGGCCGCCUUGAAUGUCGUUCCAUCACUAGGCUGGACACAGAUUGUGAUCUACUUCGGCUUAAUCGAAUACAGUGGAGGAUUUGAGGACUACCGCAGCGGAACGCCUGGUGAUUACGCGUGGAAAGCAUUAACUUCAGAUGAUCCAGAGGACAAACGUCGAAGGCUGAAUGUGGAUCUAGCUAAUGGCAGGCUUGCUAUGGUGGCAAUAAUGGCUAUUCUAUUUCAGAAUGGAGUUGCAGGCACAACAGGGCCAGAGAUGUGGAUCCCUGCACUUUAG